UCCGCUGCAAGACCAUCGGCGCUAUAUUCACUCUGAACUUAGUAGCGGAUAAGCGGUGCGAGCUGCCGGCUGUCACAUGCAGCCAGUUAUCCCGUCGACGUAGGCGGUGCGUCGUUUUACGUGAAAGACGUACUCGGUCGUGCGAACGCGCUGUCCCUCUUCCCUUUCUUUUUUUCUUUUUCUUUUCUUUUCCCUUUUUAGCCGCCUGGCUCGCCCGUUUCGCCAGUCGGGGUCCCGAGGCAACCGAAGUUUGGUUAUCGACAUGCACACGCAUCGGUAGGCGGUGGCAGUGCCGUAGUCGCGGUCGAAACGGAACGGAACAAGGCCGCGUAGGCGCAUCGUUAUGAAAGGAGGUAGUCGCCUGUGAACGAGAACGCAAACCGAAACUCAAACCGCUGUUAUUCGCGGUCGUCACACGUCAGAUGCGUCUAGUGAGCCAGUCGCUUCUUCAAAACACACGAGCAUCGGGAAACACGGUUGUCAGAAGGAGCAAAAGCGACGAGGGAAGAGAGGCAAGAGAGAGAAUUCUAUACGUCAACCGACGUGCUGCGAACGCGUCGCUCGAGGAUUGAUUCAAGCGAGGAGCUCGAAGUCGAAGGGAACGUAUGUACUACGUUGACGAUCGGUCAACUCGGUGUCACCGAGGCUACGUAGACGUGCGUGAAAGGCGAGAAAGUUCAACGCUUCGGUGGAAAAUUAGGGAGGACCGGUGUGCGCGGCGACACACCGGGCAGCAGCAGGGCGAGCCUUCUGUCGUUGUCCUGGACAUAGUGAAAAAUAAAACGCGAUAAAGAGAAACAGAAGCGAGUAAGAGAGAUACAUAUAAAUAUAUAAGAAAAGACGUGUAUAUGACGCUGGUAUAACACGUCCGUCGGCGAGCGUGUGCCGGCGUUCUGUCAAGUACCUCGCAGCGGUGGACGCGGUCAUUCCACGCAUCUACCCCGUGAGCCGCGUAGGGGCAACCUGGCGCGUGAAUGUGUUGGAAGCGGUGGUCGUGUAUCCGUUGUCGUCGUCGUCGUCGCGGUCGCCGUCGCCGCCGUUGUUGUGAAAACACGGUGUCGCAUCACCGUGGAAAUCACCGAAAACGCUGCAUCAUCGAUGGCCCGCGCAACUCCUCGUCCACGACACGCUCCGAUGCCCGUGAUCGCGGCACCAUGAGAACGUCGCCGAAUGAUGCCGCGGAUAUCGUCUGUCGGACGUCCACGAAGGAUGGCGGGCUUUCAGAUCGUCGCUCCGAUCGAUAGGCACGAAAGGAUCGAAUAAUCACGGAGGAAACGAGAGAGAAAGAGAGAUACACAAGGAUAUAGAGAAAGAAAGAGACAAAAAUAGAGAAAGAGAGAGAGUGAGUGAGAGAAAGAAAGACAAAGCGGUGAGGUGAGCCAGGAGCCCCUUGCUCCCGCUCCCUCCCCAGUCCCCUCCCUCCCUCCCUCCCCCCCCCCCUCUCACAUCCUCCGGAGGUUAGGCCUCCGAGUCAUCGAGGAUUCUCGUUCGAAGAUGAACUCCAUGAUAUAUACCCUAUACGGAUUCGCGAUAUUUUUCAUGAUAUUCUGGUCGGUAAUGUGGAUCGUUCACGCACUGGCGCUGAUCGCCGGUCACUGGAAGCUACACCGUAAAGUCAGCCAAGUGCCAACGUACGAGACGCCGUUGCCCGGCGUGUCGAUCAUAAAGCCGUUGAUGGGCGUCGAUCCGAAUCUGUUCAGCAAUUUGGAGACGUUCUUCACGAUGCAGUACCCCCGUUACGAGUUGCUGUUCUGCGUGGAGGACGACUCGGACCCGGUGCUGAUGCUGGUGCGGAAGCUGAUGGAGAAGUACCCGGAGGUGGACGCGAGGCUGUUCGUCGGCGGUUGCAACGUGGGCGUGAAUCCGAAGAUCAACAACAUGCAGCCGGCGUACGAGGCGGCGAAGCACGAGUACGUGUUGAUCAGUGACAGUGGCAUCAAGAUGAAGGAGGACACGCUGCUGGACAUGGUGAACUACAUGACCGACAACGUCGCGCUUGUGCAUCAGAUGCCGUUCACAUGCGACCGCGAGGGUUUCGCUGCCGCUUACGAGAAGAUAUUCUUCGGCACUGUGCAGUCGCGCAUGUACCUGGCCGCCGACCUCCUCAGGAUCAACUGUCACACGGGGAUGUCGGCAUUGCUGAGGAAAGCGCCUCUGGACGAGGUCGGCGGUUUGAAGACGUUCGGCGUUUACCUGGCCGAGGACUUUUUCUACGCCAAGUCGCUGACCGACCGCGGCUGGCGGAUCACCGUCUCCUCGCAGCCGGCGUUGCAGAACAGCGGCCACUGCGAGCUGCACUCGUUCCAGGCGAGGCUGCGCCGGUGGGCGAAGCUCCGGGUGGCCAUGCUGCCGACGACGAUCGUUCUCGAGCCGCUCAGCGAGUGUUUAGUGUUAGGUGCUUGUGCUUCCUGGGCGGCCAGCGUACUCUUCGAGUGGGACUCCCUUGUUUUUUACUUGGUACACAUACUGUUGUGGUUCAUGUUCGAUUGGACGCUGUUGAGCGUCGUGCAGAACGGCCCGUUGCCGUUCAACAAGUUAGAAUUCGUGUGCGGGUGGUUACUCAGCGAGAUCACCAGGCCCUAUCUUUUCCUUCAGGCGGUUCUAGAUCCUCUGAUACAGUGGCGGUCGCGCGUCUACAAGCUCAGGUGGGGCGGAAUCGCGGAAGAGGUUAAAGCAAAAGUCAAAUAUUGAACUGUACUAUAUGAAACCAGUGAUUUUGGUUUUUCUUUCUUUCUUUCUUUCCUUUCUUUUUUUUUUCUUCAUUUCUUUCACACGUACACCAAGUGCUACGAUUUUUGCCGGCCAAACUUUCUCGGGAUGUCCCGUGGAUAUAAAUACAUGUGCAUGUGCGAAGGAAACGGUAACAAAUUUACGAUCGUCACGCUGUAAGAAAAAGAUAAGUUGGCCAUCGACGUAAGAAAGUUGACUUUGAUUUGUCGUUUGAACGUAAAAGCUCAGGCCUAAGCAUCAUUCUCUCUGUGUCUAUUCUUCUUUCGUUGCAACUUUUUAGUGAACCAUAUGUAUACGUACGGUAUCUUUUUGUGAUUUUUGUCUAUGUGAUAGAACAUCCUGAAAAUGUUUGGCUGGAAAGAGCUGCAGCGCUACGUUGGAGGUCCACAUCGAGCCGCAAGCGUUUUGUAAUAUCGGACAUCUCGUGCUGUCACGCAUAUGUUUUGGGACAAAAAAUUCUCGACGUGCGUGGCACGUCAUUCCAGCGCAAGAGGUUAAAAUAAUCGAAGAAACACGGUCGAGCUCUCCGAGCUGCUUCGCUUUCUGAAAGGUCAGAAUACGUAGUUGAAUUCUCUAUUCAAGGGCCUGAGCACUCGAACAUCUCCCCACCCCUUCACCCAAGCAACUCGGAUACUCGAGUGUUUGAGUCUCCAAAUUUCAAGUGCCCGAGAACAAGUGCUCGUGAACAGCUGAAAAAUUUCGCGAAGUUGGAAACACGAAAUAAUCCACGGACUUCGACGAAGUCGUCGCAUCCAGUGAAGUCACGAGUGUGCGCGACUAUCCGGGACGGAUCCAACGAAGCGGGACAGAGACAUCCGAGAAACUCGAGAGAAUUUUCCACCCCCCCUCCUCCCCCCUCCCCCCGCCGAUUUUCACUGUAACGAGCGCGUUGAAUCAGAUACUAACCGACAAAAUAUGAACGAUUUCACGUAGUUUCCAAGAUCCGCGAGCGCGGAAUUCAUUAAAUUUCUCCUCGAUUGUUUCAUUAAAACGCGAAGGAGCACCUCCUCCGCUGAAGGAAAAAGAAAUUCCGUGGAAAUUUGUUCUACAAUCUCAAACUCCGGAAGACGAACUUGUUCAUU